UCUCCCCUUUCAUUUGUCUUUAUUGCAUAUGAUUAUUGUGUAUGUGUGAGUGUGAGUUUUCAUUUGUAUCAAAUCAUUUUCCUUCUACUUGCAUAGGCUCUUCCGUCUUCAACUCUUUUAAACUAACCAUUUUUGAAUGUGCAUACGGUUUUGUUUUUUGUUUUGGAUGUGCAUGAUCACCCGUUUUUUAGGGGGGUGUAAAUGUAAUUAACUACUAAUGAGGAACAUAGUGUAGUAGUAACCAACCUUCUAACGUUUUUCAAUCCUCAAUUUGGUUUUCUGGUUUGCAUAGCAUCACUACUUGUGUUCAUGUUGAUGGUAAUCCUUGUCGGUGGUGAAACAAGGGAGUGGAACUUGGAAGUGUUAGAGUUGCAAAUGGAAGAAUUGGUUAGUUUUAUGUGACAUGAAUUUGAUUGCAGUUGCAGCAGAGUCAAAUGCUUGGGAAUGUCUCUCAUUUUAACUAGCUCUUCAUGUUGCUGAUUGAGAGAAGCUAACACCUGUGGAAAAUCAGUAUGGCUUCUGAUUGUUCAAGAUUUGUAAGAUUUCAAGAUGAUGUUGAAUUAGCAAAAUUGCCAACAACAAUUGGUGGCAAUAGAAUCAAGCUUAAUGGAACACAAGUAGCUGAGACUAGUGGCAAAAAGGCUCACUCCACUAGGAAGACAGGGAAGUUCUUGAAGGCUAGAGUGUUGUCAAGAGUAUUCUCAGAGGAUUAUGAGAGAGUUAGAAAAAGAACAUUACUGGAUCCCCGGGGACAAACCAUUCACCGAUGGAACAAGAUUUUCUUGGUAGCAUGUUUAGUUUCUUUGUUUGUGGACCCUCUAUUCUUUUAUUUGCCACUAGUUCGAGAUGAGGUGUGCAUUGAUAUUGGAACAGCACUUGAAGUUUUCCUCACAAUGAUAAGAUCAGUGGCAGAUGUGUUUUACAUGAUUCAGAUUCUCAUGAAGUUUCGAACGGCUUAUGUAGCUCCUUCUUCUAGGGUAUUUGGGAGGGGAGAACUUGUUAUAGACUCUUCUAAGAUAGCUACUAGAUACCUGAGCAAGGGUUUUUGGUUAGACUUCAUUGCUGCAUUGCCUCUUCCUCAGGUUUUAAUUUGGAUUGUGAUUCCCAAUCUUGGGGGUUCAACCAUGGCAAACACAAAGAAUGUGCUUCGCUUUAUCAUUAUUUUCCAAUAUUUGCCAAGGCUGUUUCUGAUUUUUCCACUUUCAUCCCAAAUUAUAAAAGCUACAGGGGUUGUGACAGAAACAGCAUGGGCAGGAGCUGCUUACAACUUGGUCCUAUACAUGUUGGCUAGUCAUUUUUUAGGAGCUAGCUGGUACCUUCUAUCAAUUGAGCGACAAGAAGCAUGCUGGAGGAGUAUAUGCGAUAUGGAGUGGUCAUAUUGUGAAUAUGGAUUUUUUGAUUGUAAAAGGGUUGAAGAUCCCCUCAGGGCCUCCUGGUUUAUGGCUAGUAAUGUCACAAUUUUAUGCUCACCGAAGUCUAACUUCUAUCAGUUUGGUAUAUACGGUGAUGCAGUGACAUCCCAAGUUACAACCUCGCCAUUCUUCGAUAAGUACUUCUUUUGUCUGUGGUGGGGUCUUAGGAAUCUGAGUUCUUUGGGACAAGGUCUUCUUACUAGAACUUUUAUUGGAGAAAUAAUGUUCGCCAUUGUUGUUGCCACCUUUGGAUUGGUUCUUUUUGCUUUGCUGAUUGGUAAUAUGCAGGAUAAAGAAAAAAAAAGUGAAGUAAUAAAAGUGAAAUUGUGGCAGACAUACCUCCAAUCAACAACUGUCCGUUUAGAAGAGUGGAGGGUGAAGAGAACUGAUACAGAACAAUGGAUGCAUCACAGACAACUUCCUGCAGAACUAAGACAAUCUGUGCGUAAAUACAACCAAUAUAAAUGGCUAGCCACCCGAGGGGUAGAUGAAGAAGCUCUCCUCAAAGGACUUCCAGCGGAUCUUCGAAGAGACAUCAAGCGUCACCUUUGUCUUGAACUAGUUCGACGAGUUCCACUGUUGGAUCAAAUGGAGGAGAGGAUGGUGGACGCAAUAUGCGAGAGGCUGAAGCCGGCACUGUGCACGGAGAGCACGUAUCUGGUUCGGGAGGGUGACCCGGUGAACGAGAUGCUGUUCAUAAUCAGAGGGCACCUGGAUUCCUACACCACGAACGGAGGGCGCAGCGGUUUCUUCAACUCGUGCCGCAUCGGGCCGGGGGACUUCUGCGGCGAGGAGCUGCUGACGUGGGCCCUGGGGCCGCGGCCCAGCUUCACGCUGCCGUCGUCGACGCGAAGCGUGAAGGCGAUAUCGGAGGUGGAGGCGUUCGCCCUGACGGCGGAGGACCUUCGGUUCGUGGCGUCUCAGUUCCGUCGGCUGCACAGCAAGCAGGUUCGGCACAAGUUCAGGUUUUACUCCCACCAGUGGAGGACUUGGGCUGCGUGCUUCGUGCAGGCUGCGUGGAGACGCUACAAGAAGAGGAAGCAAGCCAAGGCUGUGCCAUUGCCAUAUGUCAGGAAGGAUUCUGGUCUUGUUGUUAACUCCUUGCCCAAGCCCCAAGAACCUGAUUUUUCUCUUGAUCACUGAUUCUCAUUCAUGCAUCGCUUUCUACUCUUAUUCUUUUAUUGUUUUUUCUGGAAGCUAUUCUUCGUUUUUGAAGUUUCCUGAUUUUAAAUAAGUCUUCCGUGGAACACACUAGUGAAAAUGGAGCACGGUGGAGAAUAGUAAAGUACUUCACAAUAGCUAGUAUUGUAUUGUAUAUGGAGAAUAAUAAUUCAUAUAUCAGUUGUGAAUUGUGAUACAUAGAAAUAGGUUAGCAAUAA